AUGUCUGAUGUCAUCGCUAACCUUCCCCUGCUAGUCGGUGUCAUCCAGCGUCAAAUCCUUCUGAAACUUGGCGUCGUUGUCUACACCGCACUUGACUACAAUCUGCCCGCGAACGAAGACUGCCCCAUGUCCCACGAGCUGGAGGAGUUAAUCGAGUUCAUGACCGCCGAAGAUAAUGACGAUGAGGGCAUCGAGCACGACUCGGAAGAGCCGAUAACCGACGAAGAUGAGGCCGUCGUGGCUGAUCACGUGGACGACAACGAAAAUGACGUUGACCGGCAUCGGCACCGGUGCAGUGGGAGUGAAAGUAGCCACGGCGGUGGCAGCGAGAUCAUUCUUCGAAACGGACCGGAUGAAGAUAGACAUCACAAUCAUCAUUAUCAUCAACAUCAGCAUCAACAUCACCACAGUAGCAGCAACGAUAGCAGUAAGAAAACAUCACAACCAGAAACCAAAGAAUUGGAUCACGUGUUGGCGUUUUGCUCGUCACGUGUGUCCCCGUCCAAGCCGGAAGACCAUUACCGGGCCGUAUGUCGGGCACUAGCUACUGAAACUCUCGAACUAAGAACGUUCCUACAGCGGGUAUGCCAAGGCGACGCCGAGGUGCUCCGAUUAAAGGCUCAGGCUGAGACGUCCGGAAAGGAGCUGGAGAAGAUCCACUUUAGCGAUUGGCCGGACGAGCUCAGGAUUUGGCAAGCGUUACAAGCCCGCUUCUGGAUGCAAGUGGUAGACGAACUGCGGCGGGGAGUAAGGCUGAAAAAGAUCAAUUUCUCCCGAACGCCAAUCGAGUACGAACUAACGCCAUACGAAAUCCUGAUGGAGGACAUCCGGUCCAGAAAGUACAAUCUUCGGAAGGUGAUGGUCAAUGGUGACAUACCGCCACGGGUGAAAAAGGAUGCUCAUGCAGUUAUCCUUGAGUUUAUACGAUCUCGGCCGCCACUUCGUAAAGCUUCGGAUCGAAAAUUGGCACCUCAGCCACUGAAACGAGUAGCCUGCCCGCGGGAGCAGUUGCUCGAUUCGAUCCGGAAGGGACGGGUGCUGAAGCCGGUGCAUCCGAAGCUGAAAACAAGACUUUUACCAACCACACAAGUAGAUAGCGUAAAGAAAUCAUGUGAUGAAAUAGGAAAUAGUAGUAGCGGUAGCCAUAGUCAUAGCACAACAACCGUAUCUUCGUCAGCGUCUUCGAUGGCGACGGCAGCGAGCUCCUCGGCAGCAGCAAGCCAGCCCGCGGUCAGCAGUUCAAGACCCGCGACGAGAGCUUCCACAUCGCUGGCACACUCAACGAUGUACUCCAACUCUCCGAGGAACACCCUAAGACUGAUUCCAGUAGAUUUUUCACUGUUUGAGGAUGACGAUUUCAUAAUCGAUACAGCUCCAAACGGUGACUUCAUCGAUGGAAGCGUUGGCAGCAGCGGCACUAGUGCCAACAGCACCCUGCCAAGAUCGAAUGGCACCACUGGCAACGGGUACGGCAGCCGGUACAGUACGUUGACAGCCGGAAGCAAACGUCAUGGCAUCACCGGAACCAGUGCAGGAUCCGGCGCACAUCUCAUCAACAACGAGAACAAUCAGAACAACAUCAAUACCGUGCUGAGGCGGACAAAGAAUAUCAUUACACAUGACGAGUACCAUAGAUUCUGUGAUAAAGCACUUGAAACGUAUGAUUUGGCGACGCAGUGCGAAUCGCGCCGUGCUUCCAUGCGACGGCAUACCAUCAUCGGUUGUAAUCAAAACUACAAAUUGGACCCGAUGAGUAGUCAAUCGGUACCACCAUCCCGACCUGCAUCCCGACAGUCCGAUCAUGGACCAAAUCAAUCACAGACCCAAUCGCAGCAGCAGCAGCAGCAGCAACAACAAUCGCACUUAUCACGACCGACCGCCAACGGCGGCAGUCGGCUCGCGGGCGACCUGGUCAGUAGCAGCAACAUCUCCUCGCUGGACACCUGGACGAAAAGUUCACUGGACGAACACACGUGGAAGGAUACCUUUAACCUGAACGACCGGCUUUCGUUAACGCUGGAGGAAAUCGUACACAUUCGUUCGGUAAUGACCAAAGCCGAACUCGAGGGACUGCCGGUCGAUGUGCACAUCAAGGAGGACGUCGAAAAGCGCAAGGUUUGUUUCCUGUGUCUGCGCACGCGGUUUACCAUAUUUGCGCGGGGAAUCCUCUGCAAGCUCUGCCAGCGGACAGUUUGUAACAAAUGCAAUCAGAAGAUGCGAAUACCUACGGAACAUUUUCGGAACGUACCUGUGGUUUUGCUUUCGCCUUCGUUGAUGAGCAGUCCUUGCACCUCAAACACACCAUCACCGAGUCACCAUGCCCAUGGUGGUUCGGGUCCACACAGUAUGGUUGACGAAUCCUUCCCGCGGUCGCUGAUGGAGCGACUUUUGCGGCCCGAGUUAGACCGAAAGACUCGUAACACAGUAGGUAGCGCUCCAUCAUCACCAAAGAAUCAGCGUUCGACUUCCAGCACGCCCGGCUCUAGCCUGCAGGGAGAACCCCUAUCUCUUCCCAGUACUGCGAACACAAACGGUGCCAAAGAUAGUACAACAACCAGCGGUAAUCACUUGGGUGGAGGCGCAGCAAACCAGAAAAGUUCGAUUAUGUCCCGCAGUAUGGAAGGACCGCACAGUUUACCCCCGCAGAGCCCUGCUCGGCCGCAUUCCAACAAUAGCACCUUGGAUCGAAGUACUUCCAGGAAUCGUUUUACCAAAGCGUUCACGCUCUCUGCUGCGGCAGCAGGAGCAGGCGGUCCGAACUCCGCCCUUGAUCCCCAGAAGGAGCGACUGACCGGCGAGCUGAUGGCCGUGUGCAACGACUGUCGCAGCCUGGUACUGGAGAUCAUCCGAUCAUCUCGACAAACGCGAUCUUCUGCCCAGAAUCAAGCGCUGCGCAACCUAACGCUGGACCUGUCACCCGUCUACAAACGCUAA